AUGUCAUCUCAAACUAAGUUCAAGAAAGACAAAGAGAUCAUUGCCGAAUAUGAAGCCCAAAUAAAAGAGAUCCGCACGCAGCUGGUGGAGCAGUUCAAAUGCCUGGAGCAGCAAUCCGAGUCACGGCUGCAGCUGCUCCAGGACCUUCAGGAGUUUUUCCGGCGGAAAGCUGAGAUUGAGCUAGAGUACUCCCGCAGCCUGGAGAAGCUGGCUGAGCGUUUCUCCUCCAAAAUCCGCAGCUCCCGGGAGCACCAGUUCAAGAAGGACCAGUACCUCCUCUCGCCAGUGAACUGUUGGUAUCUGGUCCUGCAUCAAACCAGGCGGGAGAGCCGAGACCAUGCCACCCUCAAUGACAUCUUCAUGAACAAUGUCAUCGUCCGCCUCUCCCAGAUCAGCGAGGAUGUCAUCAGGCUCUUCAAAAAGAGCAAAGAGAUUGGCCUGCAGAUGCAUGAGGAGCUCCUGAAGGUCACCAAUGAGCUCUACACGGUCAUGAAAACCUACCACAUGUACCAUGCAGAGAGCAUCAGUGCAGAAAGCAAGCUGAAGGAGGCUGAGAAGCAGGAGGAGAAGCAGUUCAACAAGUCAGGGGACCUCAGCAUGAACCUGCUCCGGCACGAGGACCGGCCGCAGCGCCGCAGCUCUGUGAAGAAGAUUGAGAAGAUGAAGGAGAAGAGGCAGGCAAAGUAUUCUGAGAACAAGCUGAAAUGCACAAAGGCUCGGAAUGACUAUUUGCUGAAUCUGGCAGCCACCAAUGCAGCUAUAAGCAAAUACUACAUCCAUGAUGUCUCUGAUCUAAUCGAUUGCUGUGACUUGGGCUUUCAUGCCAGUUUGGCCCGCACCUUCCGUACCUACCUCUCAGCCGAAUACAACCUGGAGACCUCACGCCACGAGGGGCUGGAUGUCAUUGAGAAUGCGGUAGACAACCUGGAUUCCAGAAGUGACAAGCACACAGUCAUGGACAUGUGCAACCAGGUCUUCUGCCCACCACUCAAGUUUGAAUUCCAGCCCCACAUGGGGGAUGAGGUGUGCCAGGUCAGCGCUCAGCAGCCUGUCCAGACGGAAUUGCUCAUGCGGUACCACCAGCUGCAGUCCAGACUGGCCACUCUCAAGAUAGAGAAUGAGGAGGUUAGAAAAACCCUGGAUGCCACCAUGCAGACCUUACAGGACAUGCUAACAGUGGAGGAUUUUGAUGUCUCUGAUGCUUUCCAACAUAGUCGAUCUACAGAGUCUAUAAAGUCAGCUGCCUCUGAGACCUACAUGAGCAAGAUCAACAUUGCCAAAAGGAGAGCCAACCAACAGGAGACAGAGAUGUUUUAUUUUACAAAAUUUAAAGAAUAUGUGAAUGGCAGUAACCUCAUCACCAAGCUGCAGGCCAAGCAUGACCUACUCAAACAGACCUUGGGUGAAGGGGAAAGAGCAGAAUGUGGCACUACAAGAGGAAGAAGAAAUGCUCGAACCAGGAACCAGGACUCAGGACAAGCUAUACCACUUGUAGUUGAGAGCUGCAUUCGAUACAUCAACUUAUAUGGACUCCAGCAGCAGGGGAUCUUCAGAGUGCCAGGAUCUCAGGUGGAAGUCAAUGACAUAAAAAAUUCAUUUGAGAGAGGUGAAGACCCCCUUGUGGAUGAUCAAAAUGAACGAGACAUCAAUUCAGUUGCUGGUGUUUUAAAACUGUAUUUCCGAGGACUGGAAAACCCACUCUUUCCUAAGGAAAGGUUUCAAGAUUUGAUAUCUACUAUUAAACUGGAGACCCCAGCUGAGAGGGUACACCAGAUCCAACAAAUCCUCAUCACCCUGCCCCGCGUGGUCAUCGUGGUCAUGAGAUACCUCUUCGCGUUCCUCAACCACCUCUCCCAAUAUAGCGACGAGAACAUGAUGGAUCCCUACAACUUGGCUAUCUGCUUCGGGCCCACACUCAUGCACAUCCCUGAUGGGCAGGACCCUGUGUCCUGCCAGGCACACGUCAAUGAAGUCAUCAAAACCAUCAUCAUCCAUCAUGAAGCCAUCUUCCCCAGCCCCCGGGAGCUAGAGGGACCUGUGUAUGAAAAAUGCAUGGCUGGAGGGGAAGAAUAUUGUGACAGCCCACACAGUGAGCCAGGGACCAUCGAUGAAGUUGACCAUGACAAUGGCACUGAGCCUCAUACCAGUGAUGAAGAAGUGGAGCAGAUUGAGGCCAUCGCCAAGUUUGACUAUGUGGGACGGUCCCCGCGUGAGCUGUCCUUCAAGAAGGGGGCCUCACUGCUACUGUACCAUCGUGCCUCAGAGGACUGGUGGGAGGGUCGACACAACGGCGUGGAUGGACUCAUCCCACAUCAGUACAUUGUUGUACAAGACAUGGAUGAUGCCUUCUCAGACAGCCUGAGCCAAAAGGCUGACAGCGAGGCCAGCAGUGGGCCGCUGCUGGAUGACAAGGCCUCCUCCAAAAAUGACCUCCAGUCCCCCACGGAGCACAUCUCGGACUACGGCUUUGGGGGGGUGAUGGGCCGAGUGCGGUUGCGGUCUGACGGAGCGGCCAUCCCCAGGCGCCGAAGCGGGGGUGACACACACAGCCCGCCCCGCGGCCUGGGCCCCAGCAUAGACACUCCGCCCCGGGCCGCCGCCUGCCCCAGCAGUCCCCACAAAGUCCCUCUCACCCGGGGGAGGAUCGAGAGCCCGGAGAAGCGGCGGAUGGCGACGUUCGGGAGCGCCGGCAGCAUCAACUACUCCGACAAGAAGGCGCUCUCGGAGGGGCACUCGAUGAGGUCAACGUGUGGCUCCACUAGGCACAGCAGCCUGGGGGACCACAAGUCCCUGGAGGCCGAGGCCCUGGCAGAAGACAUCGAGAAGACCAUGAGCACAGCUCUUCACGAGUUGCGGGAACUCGAGAGGCAGAAUACAGCCAAGCAGGCGCCAGAUGUGGUGCUGGACACCCUGGAGCCUCUGAAGAACCCACCAGGCCCCAUCAGUUCAGAGCCUGCCAGCCCCCUGCACACCAUUGUAAUUCGAGACCCCGAUGCUGCCAUGCGCCGCAGCAGCAGCUCCUCCACCGAGAUGAUGACCACCUUCAAGCCAGCCCUGUCCGCCCGCCUGGCUGGCGCCCAGCUACGUCCGCCCCCCAUGCGGCCUGUGCGGCCUGCGGUCCAACAUCGGUCCAGCAGCAGCAGUAGCUCAGGCAUGGGCAGCCCAGCCGUGACUCCCACAGAGAAGAUGUUCCCCAACAGCUCAUCGGACAAAUCAGGCACCAUGUGACCUGCAGGAGGAGAUGCCACCACGGUGGCCCACUGUGGUGCACCAUGGCCCAGGGUGGCCUCUGGUGGCCUCCUCUUCCUCCACAGUGGUCCUGCCUUCCGGGAAAGACCAGAAGGCCAGCCUGGAAGGCUGUGUCUGUGCAGAGCUGAGGCUGAAGGCAUUUGCCACAGCUCAUGUUCAGCCACGUGAAUCCAACAGACCUCUCAUGUGUAAACAGAUACCCUGAGGAGUACAGGAGUAAGAACAGCCCCAACUAGAGCAUUUCCUAAGAUUGUGGCAAAAUGUUAAAUGGCUUCUCCCACAUAUCGUCACUGGAAAAUUAUUCUCUCUACGUACAUAUAUAUGCAUAUAUAUAUGUAUAUGCGUGUAUAUAUAUAUAUACACAUAUAUAUGUAUGUAUGUGUCUGUAGGUAUGUGUGUGUAUAUAUAUAUAUUUAUGCAUCUAUAUACAUAUACUAGAUCUGGACACACACAUACUAAAUGUAUAUAGUAUCUCUUUUUUCUUUUUAUGAAACUUAGAUUUACCUCAGACCCAUGCCACCAAACAUCUCCCACUGAGUGAUUUGGUGGGAUUUGCAGGGACUUUUCUGGGAGAAUUUAGAGGCCCACAGUAACUGCGAAUGAAGCAAUACACCACUAGCCUGCAGAAACAAAAACACUCUCCCACUGUUUUCAGAAGUCGUGGCCUUCCAAAACAGUCUACCCCAUAAAGGAAGGGUGGGGCAGGCAGUACCCCAAGCAGGCUGCUCCUAGAGGUGGGGAAUCCUAUACAGAAAACCCCCUUCCACCCCAGAGACCCUGCCCUUCCACCCGGAGGCCAAAGGCCAACUGUACCCCUAAAAGCACGGGAGGAAGUUGGCGAGAAGAAUCCCAGACCACGGACCCCUUGUGUUUGUACGUAGAAAAAGGGGGUAAUGAGAACCUAAGCCCCGUCAUAGCACAGGAUUAUGUGUGGUUGGGACAAAGGGAAAAAAAAAUAUACAGUGGUGUGGAAAACUUCAAAUCCUAGAAAUGCUGUAGGAAUAAAUCUGUGGUAACUGUAGGGGUUUAACUUAUACCAUUUUCAAAAUAUUUAAUUUUUUCUCUUCCUCUUUCUACUAAUUAUACUGUGUCAGAUUUGGAACUUACAGGCAAGGAGGCUUUGAAUCCAUCAUCUGAUUUCAUGUCAGGCCAGGACGACUUUGGCUGGUGCCCUGCUGCAUGAAGUGCAUGAGCCCAAGGCGCCCGGCUAGACCAGGGCCAAGGAGGGGUGAGCCUUCACACUUUCUGCACUAGAGACCACCACCACGGUUGAGUUUAUGCAAGUGAAAUACCUCCCCUCUCUCCUUCCCCUUCCCCUCCUCCAACUCCUCUGGAACAUUUAAUGUAGAUGAACAUGGUGAAGAGAAGGGGUGGGUGAUCUUCCAGAAGAAAGGGCAAGGCUUCUGCCUCCUGUCUAGGAAAGGGCCUUCUGGGCCACUCUCAUCUGAUUCCAUUUUACUUCCUCGUUUGAUCUCUCGGCUUUUCAUUUCUAGAGAUGGGUUGUUUCUGGAUGAUGAAACACAGGUGAAUCUUGUCCUAGUGGGACACUUUGACUUGCCCUUCAUGCCAAGCCAAGGGUCUCCUCCCCACUGUGCUCAUGCCUCAUCUC